AUCAGACACCUAAGGCCAAGAAAAUAAAAAUUGUUACAGAAGCAAAACAAAGUUUACAGGUUUAUUAUGGUUAUCUUCCCAUUAAAAUACUAACCUGUAGAGCAGACAUUGCAAGAUGGGUAUCGUUCGAAGUCCAGAGAAUGGUAUGAAUAAUCCCUCAAUAAGCUACCUGUGAAACAAACCAAAAACAAACAAAAUCAAGCUGAGUCGAGCAAAGGAUAUCUUGGGCAGUCUCACAACUUUGCAGCAUCAAAAAGCUUGGGGAGAACUCGAUAAGUUUUCGAGGAGCGCCAAGACAAAUAAAAUUGACUGCAAUGAAGGGACAAAGAACCAAAGAGAGAAAGGUAAAGAGACACGCCAAUAGAAUCUACAGGUUAACCGCGAAAGGCACCGCGAAGCAGACUGAUAUUGACAAGAGGUCACGGCAAUCAGACUGACAACAUAGCCAAAAAUACAACCGAAACUUGAUCUAUUUUAACGACCUAGAAGCAGUACUAAGUAUGAACCACUUCAAAGUGAAAUGCGGCACAAGGAUUGUAAGUUGCACUCGAGACCAAAUAAACGCCUCUACAAGCCUCAGUUUCAACAAACAAAAGUCAUUUUCACAUUGAAGAAACGCCAUUUUGAAAGGGACGUUUUGAUUGGCUGGUGGCCGAAGCACCGUAGUCCCAUUUUCCGGCCUUCCCUUUAACAAAUUAUAUGAAACAUGAUAAUAAUUUAAGUAUUUUCCGAAAAGCGAAAGCCUUUUAAAAAAUUUCAAAUUUUAAAAUCAAUUAUGUUGACUGAAGGAGAAGGAUUGACGUCGUUUCAAGCCGUUCUACGUAAGAUUGACGUCAGCUGAUAAAAGCUCAGCGUCUAUUGGCUGGCCGUUGACAGCUGACGAUCGUUCUCAACACCUCACCAUUUCCAGUUCCAGUUUUCAAACACGUCUCGGUUCAGUUUCGCUUUUUGAAGUAUAAAGUUAGUUUAAAGUAAGUGAAAACCUUAGAAUACGUGAAGAAUCGUUUAGAAACAGGAUUGAAGUAUAACUCUUUUCUAAUUCAGGUAACCACUAGCCCGGAAUAGUCCAAGAUGAGUGAAAGAGAGGACGUUGUGGCGGAAGACCGUUGCUUUCUCAAGAACAGUCUGACGGCCUGUCUAAAGAGGCUCGAUGAAAGUAAGAUUGAUGAGCUGGUACAAAGUAUGCUAGAUGAUGGAAUCAACAAAGACAGUGUGGAAUUUGUGGAAGCAGCUAACCUCGAGUUGCUUGGCUUUGACAAAUAUCAAGCAAAAGCUGUGAUUCAACACUGGGAGAAGUCUAAGGGAGCUGAGGGUACAGUUGAUCCUUUGCAAGCUCGCCAGACCAAUACAUUUAAUUUGGAUCCACAACCUGGAACUUCCAGAAGUUUUCAAGAGAAUCCAGCAGGAAAAAGUUUUAUUGAUGUUUCCAAUUUCCAGUUAAACUGGGACCUGAUCUACCGGCAGACAUACAAAGGCAUCAAAGCUGGAGAUAUCAUAAAGAAUAAGGGCUGCUUCGAGCCAAAACACAGAGCAAAUGUAGCUCAUGAAAUAAUACGCCAGGCUAUUGAUGCCAAUGUUUCAAAUUUGUCAAGAGAUACUAUAGAAAAAAUUUACUAUGGGCCUGUGCUGAGGAAGCACGAAGAUGCUUUCAAGACUGAGCUGGCAAGCGGAGAGAAAAGUUCAGGUGGUUUCUUACAUGUACUGAAGUAUUGCUUUGAUAAUCAGAAGAGGCCAGACAGAAAUAGGCACCUGCAGCCACAAGAUUUCUUGACAAAGCAGUAUGAGCAGCCAAGAGGAAAGUUUUCUUAUUGCUGUGUGAGGUGGAGGGCGAAGGAUGACAUUCCAGACCAGACUCCUGAAACAGUGAAAGAGCAACAAGAAAAAAUGAAGAAGGAAUUUGUAGAAACAAGGCCAAAAUUUUGGGAUUGGACCAAGUUGUCUGAUAUGAUUAAAAACUGUUACAAAGCCCAAAGAGAAAUGAUAAAUAAGAACAUUUCUGAUGCUUUACAGGAACAGAAGAAACAACUGGCACAGAAAAGAAAGCGAUCAUCUAAAGAAACUGAACGCCGCAAUGAAGAGGCUGAGGACGAAGUUGGGCUGGAGCCAGCAGUAACAAUAAGUCAAGUUGCUGAUGAGUGGCCUUUUUUGUUUUCAUACCACGGAAUGCUUAUUCAUUUUGAAAUACUGACUGGUGUUGAGUUAGAGAAAGAACUUCAAACUUGCAAACAGAGUCUUAAGUGGGAAGUUUUGCUUGACUUUUUCAAGACUACAAAAGAUGAUGAUGGAUUCUACAGUGAGGUUUGUAGAAAAUUGGAAAAACACAAACAGAAAAAGCCUGAUGGUGACGAUGAAUUUAGAGCAAUUAUUUUGAUGAUUACAAAAUAUUUCAAUGAAAGUAGCUUUGUGGAAAUUGUAGAGGAAACUGUGACCUUGGAAGUACUCAACAGUACACACACAGCACCGCAGUACCCUUCUCUGACAGCCCCAGGAAAGGAUGGCUGCAUCUUCAAGGCCAAGAAAUUCUUUCUUGGGGUUGAUUCGGAGUUCCAUUAUUCUUUCCCAAAUUUUGAAAGAGCAGCUUGUUGUGUAUUUAUGAUGUAUUUUGUGUUCAAUCUGGACUACGCUCCUGAAUCACAAAUUUCACUGGAGUUCCUGCAGAGGUACAUAUUCGGUAUGGACCCGCCUCAAGGCAACAAGAGGCCAGUACGGGAACGGCACCAGAAAACCAAGAUCAGAUAUUCUACCAAAGUUGUCCACGAUGAUGUUGCAAGGCUCAUCUCCAAGCUUAAAGUCCUGCGCAACCAGAAGGAAAAGGAAAACAACCCAACUCAAAGUGAAGAGUCUUCCUCUGCUUCUUCUCAAGAACCUGAAACAGAUUAGAGAGAGAUUAGCAUAAUGAAUAGUCCAGGCAAGACAUAGGAGAUUUUGUGUCUAUUUGAUGAUAAAUGUAAUAGUUUAAUUACAAAAGUAAUGAAAAUUAAAUUAAUUGAAUCAUAAAUGAUCUGAAUAGAGAGAGGUUGGAAUAAUGAAUAGUCCAGGCAAGACAUAGGAGAUUUUAUCUCUAUUUGAUGAUAAAUCUAAUUGUUUAAAUACCAAAGUAAUGAAAAUAAAAUGAAUUGAAUCAUAAAUGCUCUGAAUAGAGAGAGGUUGGAAUAAUGAAUAGUCCAGGCAAGACAUAGGAGGAGAUUUUAUCUCUAUUUGAUGAUAAAUCUAAUUGUUUUAAUACCAAAGUAAUGAAAAUAAAAUGAAUUGAGUC